UUGGACUUGGACGGAGUGGUGGAAGAGGUGAAUGAAAAGCAUAUGAUACCUUGGGCAGAAAUGUGUCAGAAGUCGGGAGUAGAGAACACUCCCAUUAGUCCGUAUGUGACUUCAGAAACACUGCUCAACAAGCCUUUAUCCCUGGAUGCGACGAAGCUCAAGGAAUCUGGGUUUGAACUUGCCCAUCCGAAAUUUUUGACUGAAGAAAUUGCGAAGGAAUUGUUGAAAAAAGUGAGGAUGGCGACCGCGAUGGUUUUAAGCAGUGGCGGUGGCCUGAUAGCAAAUGAGGCGAAAGAGGAAGUAGAGUUGCUCAUCUCCAAGCUACAUGAUGAUGUGAAAACCGAAGAAGAGAUCAGGACAAAGGAGCAAAUAAUCCUGGAGCUUGGACAGCAGCUGAAGCACAUGGGAAAGGCGACAGAGUUGGGAGAAUUGAUCAAGACCACCAGACCCUUUUUGAACCUCAUCAGCAAGGCCAAGGCUGCCAAGUUGGUGAGAGCCCUGGUCGAGAUGUUUCUAGACAUGGACGCUGGCACUGGAUUCGAAGUGGAGCUCUGUCAAGAAUGUUUCGAAUGGGCCAAGGAAGAAAACAGGACAUUCCUGCGCCAGAGCCUGGCAGUGAGACUCAUGCAGUUGUACGAGCAAAACGGGAUGUACUCUGAUGCCCUGGAGCUGGGCACUCCUCUCCUGAAGGAGCUCAAGAAGCUGGACGACAAGCACCUGGUUGUGGAUGUUCUGCUGUGUGAGAGCAAGAUCUACCACAGCCUGGGGAACCUGCCCAAGGCCCGGGCCGCGCUUACUUCUGCCAGAACCACUGCCAAUGGGAUCUACACCCCACCGAAAGUCCAGGCUGCUUUGGACUUGCAAUCCGGGGUUCGUAUGGAUCUCAUUACGCAGCUGCUCUUUUUGAUAGACAUUGUGGUUUUUUUUUAA